UUAAUUUAUAUAUUUUUUCUUUAGAAUAUUAAGUAAAGCAAAAUUAAAAAUUAUCCAAAAAUGGCUUCCUCUCCACCUAGUACGAUGAUUCGUCAUCAUUCAAGAACGGGGGAGCGUUAUGUUUCUGAAGGAAGACCAGCACAAACUGCACAACGCACAACACCCAAACCUUUGAACUUUAGCAAAGCCAUGAACGAUUUUUCUACCAUGUUUCCAGAACUUGAUAGAAAUGUUAUUGAAACUGUAUUGCGUGCCAAUAAUGGUGUUGUACAGUCUACAAUAGACCAGCUGUUGGUACUACAAGAAACUACCAUUGAUGAAAAUACAAAGACAGGCUUACCAAACCUACCUAGUUAUGAAAGCUCUAUAUCUGGUGAUAUUGAGCCCCCUCCACCUUAUACUGACAUAUGGCAUGAUGUUCCAAGUCCUAAUUCAACACCCAUGACCCGUGAUCAAGAAACUGCACAAAGCCGUCAUAGGUUCUGGAAUGCCCCUUUAGUUGGCAAAUUGCCUGAUGACUUUCUAAGAUUGCAGCCAGUAUGCCAAAAUAAAAAUGACAGUAAAAACAAUAGGAAUCAGAGGCACAGUAAUUCUAGUACAUCAGAAGAGUUUAUGACUGAAGAAGAAAUUGAAAGGUUUUUGGAAGAUGAAAAGUUAGCCAUGUUUUUACAGAAUGAAGAAUUUGUCAGAGAACUUCGUAGAAAUCAAGAAUUUGUUUCUUCAUUAGAAGCAGAUCACAAAAGAGCAAUUUCUUCAGGUGAGACUGCUGUCACACAAGAAUCUGUACCAUCAGGUGGCGCACGCCCAAGAACACAAGGUGGACAGGACGAUGUUGCUUUUAGACAGAAAUUAAAACACAUGGGAAAAUCAACAAGAAAAAAGUUCAGCAAAAUGGCAAGAAGGUUUUCAAAAACAAAGAAUUCAUCAAAGUUACCACCUAUACAUGGUGGUGAAUCCACAUUUAAUUUACUCGAAGAUGAUGCAGAUGAACCAGAAAGCCAAUUAGCUCUUGAUGGAAUUCAAGAAGAUGAUAGUGAGGAUGAAUAUGAUGGAGAUGUUGACACUGAAGAAGAUGUUAUGCGUCAGAAUCGAAUCCGUGCUGCAGGUAGAACCAACAGACAGUUACCCAUACCACCUGGAAGUCAAUCAAGUGGUACUGACGAGCCCAUUGUAUUUUACAGUGAAGAUAAUGAAUUUUCGUACAAAAGCGACUAAUUAAUAUCAGUCCAAAAUCCAAUGCAAUUUUGUGUUUCUGGAUUUUUAUAUUCGUUUUCUAUUUUCACUAUAUUUCUUGAAUUAAUAUUUAUUUGUUAAACUCUGCUAGUAGUAUGUAAAUGUCUAAUCCUUUUUUUGGCAAUUAAAAAAGCAACCAAAAUAAUUUACAAUAAAUAAAAGUUUUGUUUAACUACAGCAGCAUUGUUACAUCUGCAGUGCUAACUGUUUUAAAUUUUUUGAAUAGAAAAAACAGAAAAUUAUUGUGAAAUUUGAUAUUGUGCUAUAAAACAAUAAAGGCCACUGUGACUUUUUGCCUAAAACAGUCUAAAUUUUACAAAUUGCAAAUUAAAAUUAUGUGUAUUGUCUGAAAUGUAAUUGUGCUGAUAAAAGCCAAGAAAAAGCACUGAUUUGUUUUUACGCUGUUCUAAUACGAGUGACAAAGCUCCCUUAAAUGAAUUUAUAUCAGCAUCAUGUCUGAACUGAUUUUUGGCCCAAUUUUUGCAGUUAUAAUAAAAAAUCUUCAAUUGACAUCCUUUUUACAUUAGCAUAAGAAUGUAUGUAUAUUUUUGUACAUGUGUAUGUUUUUAUUAUAUACUAUAUCAUUAAAAUUUGGUUAUAUAAAUUAAAUUAAUAGAAAACGUAAACAACAUUAUGGUAAAUAGUUAUUUUAAAGUACACAAAACUUUAUAAGAAUCAAAAUCGUCUAUAUCAUGCUAUCUAUAUGAUGAUAUCUAUAUGAUGCCAUCUAUGGUGCUUUCAGUAUAUAAGGUAUUAACAAAAAAAGAUUAAUUUUUACUCAAUUUUAUAAUGAUUUGUGUAGAACUUAAUAUUGUUGAGAAGAUUCCUGUUAUUUUUGCAUGGAUCAUUUUUGCAGGUGACUUGUAAGAAAGGCUCCUUGUGAAUGCUUUUAAUUUCAAAUAAAUUAUUACAUAUAUAUAUCUCAUAUUAUCUCGCAUUUUUUCCACAAGACACCAAAACAUGCCACUCUUAACAUUUUUUUUUUAUUUCAAUGUAUUUUGAAUUUUUUACUGUUUUCUGACUUUAGAUGUUUGCAAAAUCUAAAUACAUUAAAUUUAACCCUAAAAUGUUUGUGUGAUGAAUUUUAAACUUUUCUCAGAGAAAACUAUCCUUUAAUUUUUGUGUACUAGUAAUGCGCACUAGUUUUUGUUGUUUAUAAUAUCUCACAUUAUUUAUCUUAUUUUAGCUGUCUGCCAUAUUUGUUGUGUUUAGUGUAAAAUGAGAAAAAAAUGUCAAGGGAAGAAUCUAAAAAACCUAUAACAUCAUCUAUAUGUAAAAGUUUGUUCAUCGUUAACUGCUGAGUUAAGGAUAUCACCAGUAAUAUGGAUGUAUUUUGUUGGAUAAAAUUCUCUCUCAUUAAAAAAAGUAAUUGAUUUUUCCUUUUAUCAUGUGAAAGUUGAGUUUAGUCGACAAUGAAGGUAACAAAAAUGAUGAGCAAGACAAUCAAGUCAAAAACCAAUUAUAAAGGCCAAUACUUCUACAAACACUUAGACAGGGAAAAUCAGGUUAGAAACUUGUUUGGUUAGCAAAACAUACAGGUAUGUUUUAUUUCUGUUUAAAAAUUGACGAUGAACAAACUUUAAAAUAAAGAUGGCGUAACUGCUAAUUAUAACUCAAAGUGCUCAAUGGAUCAUGUUUAAGUUAAUAAAUAGCAACAAAUUGCCAAAAAAUUAUUAUGUUUAUAUAUAUAAAAAUGGUUUCUUUUUUUCCUUGUAAAAGUUUCACCAUAUUUAUUUCCAAUCCUGUCAAUUUGUAUUUAUUGAAUUUCUCUUCUGAUAAGAAAACUUAUGUAAAAAAUGCUACUCAACACUGUAAAUUAAAGAAAGAAAACUUUGUUAUCCUUGCGUAUAUGUGACUGAAAUUUAGGGAGUUUUUUUUAUUUGCAUUUAAUGUUUGCAAAAUGUAUAAACAAUUCCAUCAAAGACAUUUUUUUCUUUCUCUUUAAUGUAGAAAAUUCAGUUGUAAAUAUGUUUCUGUUGUAAUUUGUAAUAUAAAUUUUUAUAGGUUUUUUGUUACAUUACUCUUGUAGCAAAUUUGUAGUUCCAUCAAGUCUCAUUCUGUGCUUUUUUUACGUAAGAACUUUUAAUUUUAAAUCGCCAUUGACACAUUCACUUUUUUAACAUGUUCCUUUGUAAAGUCAAAUCGUAAUUAUAUAUGUAUCGCAAACCUCACCAUUGUCAAUACUUCUUUUUUUAGAUAGAUAGAUAAAUAAUGUUUAUCAGUAAAUGAUGUAUAUGAUGUACAUAUUUAUGUAUAUAUUAUGUCAGUGUUAUUAUUUUUGACACAAUUUUUUUCCAUUUUAUUAUAUGUUAUUAAUAAUGUUGUCAGUCCAGUAUUUGUAGUUUUCUGUAAACUAUUCUGUUUUUUGAUUUUAAUAACCUUGUUAGGUUUAUGCAAUGUUGCAUGAAAUUUAUGUGCUAAUUUUUUGGUCGCACCUCAUUUUCCUGUUCUUUUUCUCUCUAGCUU